AUGAGCAAUUCUGGAAGCUGGCCAUUUGAUAGGCCACCGAAGUGUGAUACUUCAAGUGUGGACACUCUUAAAGCGAAUGGUAUUGAUCCUGGUGUUGAACCCAAGCCAGAACUCCCCCGGGGAAGUGAAAAGCCAGGGCAACAGUACGAAAACUGUGGGCUCAAUGGAGAGGGGGUUCCUCCUGAGUGUGAAGAAGGGGGUGCAAACGAUUCAUACAAUAAUGCCCAAGGGGUUGAUGGAACUGGGGGGAUAGGAGAAGAGAUGAAGGACCCAGCAAUUGCAACCUAUGAUCACCUUCGGAUCAAUGCAAGUGGGAACCGCAUCACUGCAAAGGGCAAUGGCAGUGACGAAACCAAAAACACCAUUGACAAUGGAUCUGGAGAAAGGAGCAAGGGGAACACGUACGACAACGGCAAUCACGGUGAAGGGAAUGGAGCCCCUGGUGGAAAUCAAGAGGAUCAAAAUGAGAAAGCCACUGGGAGAGGAGGAAAUGGAAACAGGGAUAACGAAACUGAGGAGCCUACUGGGGAAAAUGGAAUUGGAAAUGGAAUCAGAGAUGAAAAAACACUGGAUGAUAUUAAUGGAAGCGCCAGUGUUAAUGGAGCUGAUGGAAAUGAAGGUACAGGCUCUGCCGAUGAUGAGCAAGAAAAUGAACUGGGAGGAAAUGAAGGCAGUGAUGACAGGGAUAAUGUUUCUAGAAACAAUGAGGUUCAAGGUAAUCAAAAUGAUGGGAACAGUGAUGAUGGUACAGCUUUCAGUAGAAGCAAAGAAGAGGAUGAAAAUGGGGAUGAAGAAGAUUCCGUCAGUAGCAAAAGGAAUGGUGAGACUCUCCCAAACAGUCACGAACAUUCAGAUGAAGAUGAUGGGAGUCCAAUGGGUAAACCCCAGCAACAACCAUCUCACAAAGGAACUCAAGGCAGUGAAAAUGGAUCCAAUGGCAAUGGAGAUAACAAAGACAAGAGGGGAGGAAAUGACAAAACCAGUCACAACAGUGGAAAGGAGAUUCCUGACCAAGCUAAGAAUGUUGGUAUUGUCAAGGGAAAUGCCAACCCAAUAGCAGGGCCCAACAAUGCUCAAGGUAACAGCCAGAAGACAGAAUAUAGUCGCAAGAAUGAACCCAAUAAAAUCGGCAGUGAAAGCAUGAGUGAUGGAUACUAUGAGAGCUAUGAUUUUGAUGAUGAACCCAUGCAAGGAGAUGACUCUGAUAGCAGCGAUGAGACUAAUGACUCUGACAGCAGUCAGCAGGCUGGUAAUGAAGGUGCCAAAUCAGAAAGUGAGAAUGCUAGCGGUAGCGAGGGACACCUUUCAAAUACUUCUGAUGAGUCGAAUUAUAGGGGUGAUGAUGAUGGUGGCAAUGAUGGCAGCGACAGUAAAUCAGCCGGCGAUGAUAGUGACAGCAAGUCGGACAGCAGUGAUGUCAAUGGUGGCAGCAACAGCAAAUCAGACAGCAGUGAUAGCUGUGACAACACUGACAGCAGCAACAACAGUGACAGCAGUGGCAGCAGUGAUAGCAUUGAGAGCAGUGAGAGCAAAUCAGACAGUAGCAACGUUAGUGAUAGCAGUGAUAGCAGUGACAGCAGUAACAGCAGCAACAGCAAAUCAAACAGCAGUGAUAGCAGUGGCAGCAGUGACAGCAGCCACAGCAGUGAUAGCAGCAACAGCAAAUUUGACAGUAGCGACAGCAGCAAUAGCAGUGAUAGUGGAGAUAGCAGCGACAGCAAAUCUGACAGCAGUGACAGUAGUGACAGCAACAAUAGUGACAACAGCGAUAGCAGUGACAACAAAUCUGACAGUAGCGACAGUAGCAAUAGAAGCAACAGCAGCGAUAGCAGUGAGAGCAGCGAUAGCAGUGACAGCAGUGAUAGCAGUGACAGCAAAUCAGACAGGAGUGACAGCAAUAGCAGUGACAGCAGUGAUAGUAGUGAUGGCAAAUCUGACGGUAGUGACAGCAGUGUUAGCAGUGACAGCAGUGAUAGUAGCAACAGCAAAUCUGACAACAGUGACAGCAAAUCUGACAGUAGUGAUAGCAGUGACAGCAAUGAUAACAGCAACAGCAAAUCGACUAGCGACAGCAGCAAUGGCAAAUCCGACAGUAGCGACAGCAAAUCCGAUAGAAGUGAUAGCAGUGAUAGCAAAUCUGACAGUAGUGACGGCAGCAAUAGCAGUGACAGCAGCAACAGCAAAUCUGGCAGUAGUGACAGUAGCAACAGCAGCGAUAACACUUUAGAUAGCGGCGAUAGUAGCGACAGUAAAUCAAACAGCAGUGACAGGACUUCUGAGAACACCAAUGAGAGUGACGGGGACAAGUCCAGCAGUUCUACCAGUAAUGGAAAUGACAGUGAAUCGGAAGAGCAGAAUGGCAACAACAAUUCUAAGGCGGAGGAUGAUGACAGUGACAGUGCAAGUGAAGCCAGCGACUGUAACAAUUCAACAAGUGAUGAUUAAACCCAAAGUGAUACUACAAGGCACCUACUAGGAUGGGCACUGUGAAAUAGGAAUUUCUGGAGAAGUAAAACCAAAAAGAAUUCUUGAUAUGUAAGUCAAAUGUGAAUCACCUCCAACACAACUGAAGGAGUUAAAUCAACCUGUCAGGUCUGGAACAGAGUCCAAACUAACUCAUUCUUAGAUAAGAUGGAACACUGUAAAAAUAAACCUGGGGAAAUGGGCCAUCUCUCCCCUUC